AGAGUAGGAUUAAACCCGUAACUUAGUAUUUAGAGUAGGAUUAAACCCGAGCCGACACACUUAAAUGAGAAUCCUUAGAGCAUAUUUGAAAUGACAAAAGUACACAUCUCAUUUACUUUUCAUUAAUGACUUCAGCCUUACAACCAGAUUCUCCAUCUUUUCCCCACUUCACCCAACACACACUUUCAGAGAUCUUUUGACUCACAAUCCCACAACCCAGAAUCCUAUUCCUCCUCUCAACGGUCAUAUACCUAUAGUCCCCCUUCAUUCUUCUUUUUAUCAAUGAAACAACAACAACAACAAACCCACAACAAAAUGGGUUUAAUCCUCCUCAUCCCCCUUUUCUACCUUCUGUUCUCCCUAUCCAGUGCGGAAAUUGCUCCAAAACCAGGAGUCUGCUACGGUCAACUCGGCAACAACCUCCCACAACCCUCAACAUCCAUCAAACUAAUCAAAUCCUUAAAAGCGGGUCGGGUCAAAAUCUACGACACAAACCCGAAAAUCCUCAAACAACUCAAAAACACCAACAUUCAAGUCUCAGUUAUGGUCCCCAAUGAGCUAAUCACCUUUAUCGCCAAUAAUCAAACCCUAUCCAACAACUGGGUCCGGUCCAACAUCCUCCGGUUUUACCCGAAAACCAAGAUCCGUUACGUUCUCGUUGGCAACGAGAUCCUCUCGUUGCCUGAUAACGUAACUUGGACCAAUCUCGUACCGGCAAUGCGCCGGAUACGGAGAUCUUUGACUUUUUUUAAAUUAAAAAAAGUCAAAGUCGGAACACCGUUAGCAAUGGAUUGUUUAGAAGUUUCGUUCCCGCCGUCGAGUGGGAAGUUUCGGUUAAGUGUAACGGAUUCCGUUAUUAAACCGUUGUUGCAGUUUGUUAAUCGGACGAAAUCGUUCUUUUUUAUUGAUGUUUACCCGUAUUUCGCUUGGGCGUCCGACCCGGUUAAUAUUAAGUUGGGUUAUGCUUUGCUUGAACCGAAUGUUUCGGGUUAUACCGACCCGGUUACCGGGUUAAUGUAUACUAAUCUGUUGGAGCAGAUGCUUGAUGCAGUUUAUUUUGCCAUGAAACGGGCUGGGUACCCGGAUAUCCGUUUGUUUAUCGCGGAAACGGGUUGGCCCAAUGGUGGGGAUAUCGAUCAAAUCGGAGCGAGUAUUUACAAUGCCGCGGUUUACAACCGGAAUGUUAUCAAGUUUUUAACCCAAAAACCGUUGAGGGGUACGCCGCAUAAGCCGUUUGUCGCGUUGCCGUCGUUUGUUUUCUCUUUGUAUAACGAGAAUGAGAAACCGGGUUUGGGUACGGAGCGGCAUUUCGGGUUGUUUUAUCCGAACGGGUCGGGUAUUUACCCAAUUGAUUUAUCGGGUAAGACAUUGGAGUAUCCAAAGGGGUUGCCCGUGCCUACUAAUAAUGAGCCGUAUAAGGGGAAGAUUUGGUGUGUGGCCGUGCGUGGAGCUAACACGACUGCGCUUGGUGGUGCGCUGUCGUAUGCGUGUGGACAGGGGAAUGGUACUUGUGGCCCGAUUAAACAGGGUGGGAAGUGCUUUAAACCGGAUUCGUUGUGGUGGCAUGCGAGUUAUGCGUUUAGUUCGUAUUGGGCCCAGUUGCGGGAAUCAGGCGCUACUUGUUACUUUGAUGGGCUUGCAGUCCAGACAACCAAAAAUCCAAGUUUUGGGUCAUGCAAAUUCCCAAGUGUGACAUUGUGAGAUUAGUCCAGAAGAGUAGUUUUAACUAUUUUGAACACGAGACAUUUAUCUAUGUUAAGACAUCAUUAGUGAAAUUUUGUAAGUUUGCACACCACUUAUUUAACUAUGGGUUGCAUAUGUAUGAUGUAUCUUUCUUUUAUUUUUAUUUUUAUUGUUAUUUAAAAAAGUCAACUAUGAAGAGGACACUUUGUUUUGA